AUGAAGGAAUAUGGAGUGGGCGAGUCUUGGACUAAAAUGAGGGUCUCCAUCCCAUAUUGGAACUUGUCACAUUCUGGUUUCUGGACAAAGUCUCAUGAUUUGAUGGUGUUUGAAGAAGAGUUGGUUAUGUACAAUUUUAACGAUCACAGCUUUCGGAAUCUACGCGUUCGUGAAAUCGGCAAAGUUGGUAGUGUUGAAACCUACUGGGAGAGCAUUGUUUCACUUAAGUAG